AGUGUAAAUUCUAUUUAAAUAUUUGACAGUACUGUUUAAGUUGGCAAUAGUGAUAAACAGUUAUUUACUUGUCAAUGUAUUUUCUUUAUAAACUUUACCAAAAAUUCGUACGAAAACAAUGAGUUACGAUGUUAAACAGGAGACGCUAACAAAGGAAGACUGGUUUAAAAGUCUGGAGAGCAAAGAAUUAGACAGAAAGAACAUGAACAAACUAAUAAUGAACUACUUAGUCACUGAGGGCUUCAAGGAGGCGGCCGAGAAGUUCCAACAGGAGUCCGGAGUUGCGCCUGCCGUCGAACUCAACUCCAUGGACGAUCGCAUUCGAAUCCGCGAUGCUAUAAUGAACGGUAGAAUACAGGAGGCCACUAGCUUCAUCAACCAGCUGCAUCCCGAACUUUUAGACAACGACCGAUAUUUGUAUUUUCAUCUACAACAGCUGCAUUUGAUCGAACUCAUCAGGAACAACAGAGUGGAGGAGGCACUGGCCUUUGCGCAGAGUCAUCUCAGUGAGGCCGGUGAGGAGGAUCCUUCUGUUUUGUCAGAGUUGGAGAGGACUGUUGCCUUAUUGGCUUUUGAGGACCCUCUCAGCAGUCCAUUUGGUGAUUUAUUAGCUCCAUCACACAGACAAAAGGUGGCAAGUGAAGUAAAUGGAGCAAUAUUAAAAAUGGAACACCAAGAGAACACAGCACCCAAAGUUUCCACUUUAUUAAAGUUGAUACUGUGGACUCAAGAUAAACUAAAUAAAAAGAAUGUGAAAUACCCCAAAAUGAGUGAUCUUGCAUCUGCAACAAUUGAUGAACCCAAAUAGUGUUAGGAUAUAUGUCUCUAUUUUUUGUUAGGUGAAUCUUUAAAUCUUGUCUUUAAGUGAUAGGAUGAGUGUUUUUAUUUGUAUAUUGUAAUAUUGUAAUUAAUAGUAGAGAUUUUUCAAAUAUAAAUUUGUACCAUUUAAAA